AUGUGCACAAUCUUCAAAUCUCACAAGCUGUGGGAUAUGGUUGAAAAUGCGUAUGAGCAACCUGUGAAGAAGGAAGAAGGAGAAGCUCUGACUGCAGCUCAAAAGCUUGCUUUGGAAGAGAAUGUUGCAAAGGAUGCUAAAGCUUUGGGACUGAUACAAGGUACAGUUUAUGAUGACUUUUUUCCCAUAAUUGCAUUGAAAGAGUUAGCCAAGGAAGCUUGGGAAAUCCUGCAACAAGAGUUUAGAGGUGAUAAGAAGGUGAGAUCUAUGAAACUUCAAGCUCUUAGAAGAGAAUUUGAAUACACUCGUAUGCAUGAUGAUGAAUCAUUAUCUGGGUAUGUCACUAAACUGCUUGAGCUAGUAAACCAAAUGAAGGCUUAUGGUGAAGAGUUAACUAAACAAAGAAUUGUUCAGAAACUCUUGAUUAGUUUAUCCAGUGAAUAUGAUUCCAUUGCUGAAGUUAUAGAGGAAACAAACACUACUACAAAAAAGGAUAAAGACGACGGGAAUUCACCGUCGUGUAUUCGGUUUUCAAACCGUCGUGGAAUCGACCGACAUCUAUUUGGGUGUCAAACCACGACGCUAAAUCACCGUCGUUGUUAA